AUGAGUGACUGUUCUUUUGACUUAAAAUUUAACAUUUUUGCAGCUUAUUUUUUGGAAGCAUAUCAUCCUGUUAGAAAAGGGGACCUUUUCCUUGUCAGGGGUGGGAUGAGGAGUGUUGAGUUUAAGGUUAUAGAAACUGAUCCUGCAGAGUACUGCAUUGUUGCUCCUGAUACAGAGAUUUUUUGUGAGGGGGAGCUGGUAAAAAGAGAAAACGAGGACAGGCUUGAUGAGGUAGGUUAUGAUGAUGUUGGAGGAGUUAGGAAACAAAUGGCUCAAAUAAGGGAGCUAGUAGAGCUUCCUCUAAGACAUCCUCAACUAUUUAAAUCUAUUGGUGUCAAGCCGCCAAAAGGUAUUUUGUUGUAUGGUCCACCUGGUUCAGGUAAGACAUUAAUAGCUAGAGGAGUCGCAAAUGAGACAGGAGCUUUUUUCUUUUGCAUCAAUGGUCCAGAGAUCAUGUCAAAGCUAGUCGAUGAGAGUGAGAGUAAUUUGAGGAAGGCUUUUGAGGAAGUAGAGAAAAAUGCACCCUCAAUUAUCUUCAUUGAUGAGAUUGAUUCCAUUGCUCCUAAGAGGGAGAAAACUCAUGGGGAAGUUGAAAGGCGCAUAGUGUCUCAACUGUUGACACUGAUGGAUGGGUUGAAGUCUCGUGCUCAUGUAAUUAUCAUUGGGGCUACGAACAUGCCAAACACUAUCGAUCCAGCUCUUAGACGAUUCAGUAGGUUUGACAGAGAAAUUGACAUUGAUGUUCCUGAUGAGGUUGGCCGAUUGGAGGUUCUUCGCAUCCAUACUAAGAACAUGAAGCUAUCUGAUGAUGUUGAUUUGGAAAGGAUUGCUAAGGAUACUCAUGGCUAUGUUGGGGUUGACCUUGUUGCUUUAUGCACUGAAGCUGCUCUCCAGUGUAUCCGUGAAAAGAUGGACAUAAUUGAUCUAGAAGAUGAAUCAAUUGAUGCUGAGAUUCUCAAUUCUAUGUCUGUUACAAAUGAACACUUUAAGACUGCUUUGGGAUCUAGUAACCCAUCUGCCCUCCGUGAAACUGUUGUUGAAGUACCAAAUGUCAACUGGGAUGAUAUUGGUGGGCUGGAAAAUGUCAAGAGGGAACUGCAAGAGAUUAGAACAGUGGAUGUUUUAACUCAGAAAACUAGGCAUUUGAAGGUGAAAAGAGCAAAGUGCAAUUCAAGACGACAACAAAUAAGACAGAGGGGAUUUUCGACUACGUACAUACGGAUCUCUAGGGACCAACCAGUGUAG